CUCAUUGAUAAUAGAAGUACCUUCAGCGCUUCGAGGAGGUAUUAUUAUGAAACGAGUGGCAGAUAGAAGAGGCUCCUUCAUCUGUUACCUCAUCUGUAGUACCUCUUCAUUAUUUCAUUGCGGCGAGCCGAAUCGUCGGCGACGGAGCAUGAAUAUUUUAGCCGGUUCUCGUGUGGAUAGACAUAGAGUAUGAUGUUCCACAGGAUCAGUAAUGGUUUUACGGUAUAUAGAUCAACGACUUCGAUGGAAUAUAUAUUUGUCUUUCCGAUUGAUAUCAGCUACAACUUCAUGUUGUCCCAGCUUCUGGAUUGAACAGCUCUCAGGCUUGAAGUAUCUUUAGUCCAUCCCUCACAGGGAAUAUUAACAUGGGUUGCCCGACGGAGUAUCAGACAAAACAUUGCUAAUGGCUAGUAAAAUCAAAGUCUACCACAACAGAAUGAUUUAAUGGAGUUUCAUCCAAAGCACUCUCAAGGAAACCCUUGCCCAUAUUUUGAUUGGCAUAUUGCUAGAGACAGGAUCUCUUUGGAUGGCAUAAUCAAAGUUUAGUUUUCAUGAUGCAACGUCAACACACGACAGAGUCAGUUGCGAGACACGGAAAACCUUCCAGAAAGAAAGGACUUGGUUUCGAUAAACUAUGCAUUGACGACACCAUUGACGAAGGCUACUCAUCCGGCAACCCACCACCCUUUACAACUCAGUAUCCGAAAUUGGAUGCAAGUUCGGAUCCAGAUGCGGCAACACAACUAGAAUCGAAGAUGAGCAAACAGAAAGUAAUAAACAAUAAUUGGACAUCUGGGAACCGGGAUCACAAGAAUAACUCCAAAUUGGUGGAAGAAAACCUGCGUGCACCAGAGGAACCACUUUCCAGGCCAAAAAUGCUUCAGCGGAGUGAAAGUCGGACUUUUGUCUUCAUCUAUGACGAAGAAGAGAAAAAAAGCAAGGCAGUCGCAGCUCCGGAUAACCUCAACGUCGACGUACCGGUUCUGUUGCAGUACAAUCUGACGGAGGAAGCCAUCGAGAAGUGCCUUGAGAAACCGCAACUCGGGAAUAGCCCGACCGAAGACAACGGCGAAACGGAAGACAACAUGAACAUUCCUGCGGUUGCAGCCGACAAGGCGCUUGCUUUGGGCGGGAAAUUUUGUCCGCCAACCGAACGUCUGCUCCGAAGCAGGGAGAAGGAUGAGUUGAAGAACAAGGGCAUGCAUGUGGUUAAGUGGUUAGUGAAUCUAGAUCACUUCAUUGAGGAACCCCUUACAGACUCAUGAAAUCAGAUCACCGAAUCAACUUGACUUACAUAUUUCUUUUACUAUAUACUUCACCACUUCCUAUCUUCCUGUUUUGUUUUGUUUUGUUGUUGUUGUCUUUUCGUUUCGUUUCAAGGAUUAGAAAAAUGAGCAUGAAUUUUGGUUUGCUAAAUUCAUCCUUACAAAACUUCGAUUACCAAAGUGACAAAGCCCAUCUGUAAAAAAAGUAUUCCUUUCAUAAAUUAAGAUGAAACAUUCCUUGCUUUGAUUUUUGUUUUCAUAAAAACAAUUCUCUUUCUCAAAAAGAAGGAGUUUGUCGAUUUUUGUAUUUUUUCAUAUGUUCUAUAAUAUAUGCAUGCUGGUAAUGCAGGACGAAAAUUCUUAGAUGCCUUUUUGUUAGUGUUCCGUACAAGUAAUAAAAUGUCCUUUCAUUGAUUAUAAAAUAAGGAACGAUUCUCUUUCUCAAAAAGAAGGAGUUUGUCGAUUUUUGAA